CUGCAGCGAGGCGAGCAGUCGCGGUGGACGCAACCUAUUGGCUUCUCGGCGCUGCCGCUAAUGUCACAACCCUGCCUGUAGCCCGCACUGCCUCCACCCCGUGUAUUUCCGUCGCUGCGGCCCGCUCCCCCCCCCCCCCCCCUUCAAUGGUGUGGGCAGGAGUGGUAUGGAAGACUGCAGUGAGAAGCUUCGCAUGGAAAUGCUCUUUGCCGUCGGUGUUGCUCUAGCGCCUUUCUGGUGACAACAACAUGCCGUUGAAAUGGAAAAGCGGUUCUCCCGUCAGCUGGAAAUUCCCAAUGCCGGUCCUUAAGACGUCCCGGUCCUCGCCGCUUUCACCUGCCUACAUAUCCCUCGUGGAGGACGACGACACUCACAUGAAAGUGGCUCUGGGCUACGGUGAUAUGGGCAUCUGCGCUCACCUUCAGGCAUCAAAGACUGGAAACACCCGCUUUUUUACCAGCAACACACACAGCUCGGUGGUUCUUCAGGGCUUCGACCAGCUGAGGAUAGAGGGCCUGCUUUGCGAUGUCACUCUGGUCGCCGGCGACGGCGACGAAGCCUUCCCCGUCCAUCGAGCGAUGAUGGCCUCUUCCUCGGAUUAUUUCAAAGCCAUGUUCACAGGUGGAAUGAAAGAACAGGAUUUAAUGUGCAUCAAGCUCCACGGAGUGAACCGAAUAGGCCUGAAGAAGAUCAUCGACUUCAUCUACACGGCCAAGUUGUCGCUCAACAUGGAGAAUCUGCAGGACACGCUGGAAGCAGCCAGCUUCUUACAAAUCCUUCCGGUGUUGGAUUUCUGCAAGGUCUUUCUUAUAUCCGGGGUUUCCCUCGACAACUGCGUCGAGGUGGGCCGCAUCGCCAACACGUAUAACCUGACCGAGGUGGACAAAUACGUCAACAAUUUCAUACUGAAAAACUUCCCCUCGCUGUUGGGCACGGGUGAGUUCGUCAAGCUGCCGUUUGAGCGCUUGGCCUUUGUGCUGUCCAGCAACAGCUUGAAACACUGCAGCGAAUUGGACCUCUUCAAGGCCGCUUGCCGCUGGCUCCGCUACGAAGAUAGCCGCAUGGACUACGCCUCCAAGCUCAUGAAGAACAUCCGCUUCCCCCUCAUGAACCCGCAGGAGCUCAUCAAUCACGUCCAGACGGUGGACUUCAUGCGUACGGACAACACCUGCGUCAACCUCCUCCUGGAAGCUAGCAACUACCAAAUGAUGCCCUACAUGCAGCCGGUCAUGCAGUCGGAACGGACGGCCAUCCGCUCGGACAGCGCCCACCUGGUCACGCUGGGCGGCGUCCUGCGGCAGCAGCUCGUGGUGAGCAAGGAGCUGCGUCUGUUUGACGAGAAGGCGCACGAGUGGAAAGCGCUGGCGCCCAUGGACGCGCCCCGCUACCAGCACGGCAUCGCCGUCAUCGGCAACUUCCUCUACGUGGUGGGCGGCCAAAGCAACUACGACACCAAAGGCAAGACCGCGGUGGACACGGUGUUCCGCUACGACCCCCGCUACAACAAGUGGAUGCAGGUGGCGUGCCUUAACGAGAAGCGGACCUUCUUCCACCUCAGCGCGCUCAAGGGACACCUCUAUGCUGUCGGUGGGAGGAAUGCGGCCGGGGAGCUCGCGACCGUGGAGUGCUACAACCCGAGGACGAACGAAUGGACGUACGUUGCCAAAAUGAACGAGCCACACUACGGACACGCCGGGACGGUGUAUGGCGGCUACAUGUAUAUUUCAGGCGGCAUCACUCACGACACCUUUCAAAAGGAGCUGAUGUGCUUUGACCCAGAUGCAGACAAAUGGACUCAGAAGGCGCCCAUGACCACCGUGCGCGGCCUCCACUGCAUGUGCACGGUGGGCGACCGCCUCUACGUCAUCGGCGGCAACCACUUCCGCGGCACCAGCGACUACGACGACGUGCUCAGCUGCGAGUACUACUCCCCCGCCCUGGACUUGUGGACUCCUAUCGCCGCCAUGUUGCGAGGCCAGAGCGACGUGGGCGUGGCCGUGUUUGAGAACAAGAUCUACGUGGUGGGCGGAUACUCGUGGAACAAUCGCUGCAUGGUGGAAAUAGUUCAGAAAUACGACCCCGAAAAAGACGAGUGGCACAAAGUGUUUGACUUACCCGAGUCGCUCGGCGGGAUUCGAGCCUGCACGCUAACGGUGUUCCCGCUCGAAGAUAUGUCAAGCUCGCCGUCCAGAGAGUCGCCGCUUUCAGCACCUUGAUGAGUGAUGGGGGUGGGCGGGGCAGCCCUAUUUCGGUCACACCCCCAUAAACCCUUAAGUCCCCAACAAACCCAUAUAGACAUUGUUUGCACUUCCUUUUCGGACUAAGUCAGUACUGCGUCCCUCAGUCGUACAGUUGUGCAGAAGCCCCGCAAGCUCCUCCGAGUGGUUAAACCGACGUAGCGCUACGCCAGCGGCAACCGAUUUCCACCUUCAUGUUGCCGACUCGGUUCAGAUUGUAUUCAAGAAAGUACCUCGACGUGAAAAGGGACUUUGCAAAUCAACUUUUCUACCUGAUCUCGCCGCUUGUCGUACGUCUCCGGGCGCGUCGCGGAGGAGAACCUUACCAGGAAGAGCUCAGGGCUCUGUACUAGGCCCGCCUAAACAGCACUCCUUCGGUUUUACUUUCCUGCGAUUGCUACGCAACUGUUAACAAAGUGCUGUUUUCUAAAUUUAAUAAAGAUGGUUUUCAAAGUAA